UUAUAGGCCGACCACUCGCCGGAUCAGUCUAAGGGUCUUGGGAUUUUGUGGGUUUAUUGAAGAAGAGGUUCUUUAUGAUUUUGGCCUGACCUGUUUCUAGAGAAUCGAUCAAGAGAGAGACUGAGUUUGAGAACGAAUAGCACAGAUAAACCCUGUGACGUGCGACGGAUACAAUCAAGACCCUGACAAGACUUGAGUUCGCGAAACUCUACCCAAACGAACCCAAAGAAACGAACAAACGAAGCCUCAUCCAAAAAAGCUCGCAACAAUGAACGAAGGACCCUCGCACGAGCCCCCGGCGCUGCCAGCGGGAUGGAUCGCUCAGUGGGAUGCCGAGUCCGGGAAAUACUACUUCGUCGAGCUGUCUACACGACAGACGCGCUGGGAUGUGCCCACGGCCAGCUCCUCGAGCACGCCGCAUGAAGAGCGCUCGAAUUCCGGUUUUGGACAGCAUCAGCAGCCCGGAGAGGGCGAGAGGGGCAUGGGAGGAGAUGGGCCAGAGGGAGAGAGAGGAUUGGGGAGCAUGGCCAUGAAAUACGCUAUGGGAUCCGGGUCAGGAAAACAGAGCAGUGGUAGCAGCGGACUCGUCGGGAUGGCGGGGUCUUUGCUGGGAGGUGGGAAACAAAGCAGCAGCAGCGGUAGCGGCGGGCUUGCGGGCCUUGCUGGGUCGUUGCUAGGAGGCGGAAAGCAGAGCAGCAGCAGCAGCAGUGGAGGAUCUGGCGGCCUGGCUGGGAUGGCUAGCAGCUUCUUGGGAGGGGGAAAGCAGAGCAGCCAGAGCCAGAGCCAGAGCCAGAGCCAGGGACAGUACGGAGGGUCGUCGCAGCAGCAGAGCGGGAAUUAUAGCAGCGACCAGACUGGUAACUACAGUGGUGCUCACCAGCAACAGGGAAGUAGUGGCGGAGGAGGACUGAUGGGGAUGGUUGGUGGACUUAUGGGCGGAACUCAUGGACAGCAGGGACAGAGCGGAUAUGGAUAUUCUGGCAGCGACCAGCAGGGCAGCUAUCAAGGACAGGCACCGCCUCCAGCGUACAACCCUGGUGGUUCAUCAUCGACGUCCACAUACGGCGGCGCCCAGGGACAAGACUCCAAAUACGGCAGCGAUAACAAGUACAGCAGCGACAACAAGUACGGCAGCGACAACAAAUACAACAGCAGUCAGCAGCAACAGCAACCUCCCUACGGCGGUCCCCCACCAAACACAAACUACAACUCCCAGCAGCAGCAGUACCCGCCACCACCACAACAGCAGCCCUAUGGCCAAGCACCACCACCACAGCAGCAGCCCUACGGCCAGGAACAACACCAGUACGGUGCCCCACCCCCAGUCCCAGGCGCAUACGGUCAGCAGCCGCCGCACCAGCAGUACGGACAGCAUACGCCAGGCGGCUUCCCGGGAGCGCAGCAGGGCGGGACAGCGCCAGGGAACUUGCCGAAACCGGAAGGGAAGCACCACUUUGGGAGAUCGCAUGAGGGGGGGUUGUAUGGCGGACAGCAGGGUGGAAAGAAACAUGAUGGAGGCCAUCAAGGCCAGCAGGGUGGACAGGGACAGUAUCCGCCGCAAGGGGGAUACCCGCCGCCGCCUGGUGGGGGUGGUUAUCAGCAGCAGGGAGGGUAUCCACCACCACCUCAGUACCCACCGCAGUAUUGAAGGGAGUAAGGGCAAGGAAGAAGUGGUAGAUAUCGAAGAUCGAUUAGAAUUUAGCAAAUGAUUAUGAAAUUG